AUGCCGACUAUCGAUUCCCUUCUGGAGGUGAGUACUGUCGCCAGCGUCAACACCACCGAAGGCAAGAAGAAGACAAGGAGGCAGCGGAGGAGCUCUCCAGAAAACAAAAAAGACUCUCCACAGAAUACGGUACAGAAGUUCGGCCCGCAUGCCACGGGGAUGUCCCCUGAUUGUCCUGCGUACCAGUACUCUGGGCUCUUCAAGCUUCUCUACCAGAAGGUCGACCGUGACAAGAAGGACCCAAGUGGCUUUGAUAUCAACGGCCGCAGGCACUCGGCGAACAAUCACGGCAUUGGUCUUAAGUAG